CUUCCUCUAUUUCUUCCUCUGAUCGAAAGCAAGAAAACCCCACCUAUUAUAUACAUACACAUCUAGGUAUAUACGUAUAUAUAACAUAUUUCUGGACUCUGCUAGACACGCGCGUCUCCAUUACAACAAAGUUUCCCGCCGCCGGAAUGGGAAGCUUACACACACAUGGCUGUCGUUUGCAAAAGGAUCGAGCUAACGGUCAGACUGCAGCAGUGUUGUCGUGCAAUGCCGUUGGGCUCGGUCGAGCCGGAUCGCAGCAGUCGCCUGUGUAAUUCAAGUCGUCAGAUCCUCGAGUUUCGGGUCGUUUCCCAGUGACGAUUUGAUCGUUUGUGAUACAAGUUACUGAAAACUGUCGCCCAAUUUCGGAAUUCAGGGUUCGACGAGUGCUACUUGUCACUGGUGAUUAACAAUCAACUGUCGAGUGGACAAACUUAUUUAUUCACCAUGUUUUUCUCCAGUGCCCUAUCUGCUUUACAAAAACACCAGGAAGAAGAGGACGACGAAGAGGAGGACGUCUUCCAACAUGCCAGAGAGGUGGUGGCCGCCAAGACCUACAGCAUGGAGACGGCUGUUCGCUACGUCUACGGCCAGGGUUUCGGAAUGGACGUCUCCGUCCUCACGGACGAAGAGAAGGAGGCCAUCGAGAGGGCCCGCUACUGUCGCAAGCAAUUGCUCAGACUGAAAGCCCGCCGGGCGGCACAGGAAGCUGGCGAGGCGGACAAUUCGCAGAUCUUGCAGCAAGAAGAGGUGGAAGAAUGGCUGGCCAACAUCGAGCUGAGGCUACGCCAGCAGAGCCACAAGCUGGGCAUCUCUCCGGCGGAAUUGCCCAUCUGGAUUGCGCCUCAUAUGCGCAGAGAUCUGAAAAUUGGAAACAUUGCUUCGGCCGCCAAAGCGGCCGCUGCAGCCAUCAGGUUAAAACUGAGUGGCAACGAAAUGACGCCUAACGGGUCACCAUCGACUGGCGCCACGCCGAACGCCACCCCGCGUAACGACGAAAAAGCAGCAGCCAUCGCUGCUCUAACUGAUCUCAUGGACGAACUGGAAGAACUCAGCUUAUCCAGUCGGGAGAAUCUCAAAGACAAGUCGCCACAACCUCAUGGACCAAAAAGAACUGUACGCUUCCAAACGCCGGGCACGUCGCCAUUCCAAACCCCGCGCUCUGAGCGGGGGAAAGUGAAUUCGCCAGUGACCGAUCCUGGCGGAUUGAUCUUGUUCCAUCGUGCUAAUCGCCUGAAAAAAACCACGUCCGAGGAGAGCAAGGUCCAGCAGCCCCACCCAUCCAAAGCGCAGUCUAUACACGUGCAACAACCGACAGAGCCGCGGCGGCCGUUGAAGACGAAAGUGUCGGCGUUGGCAUCGUCCGAAGUCACAAGACCGAGCUCUUGCCCAGGGCGCUCCUCGGUGGUAAAUGGACCGAGCGAACCACAGCAACCGGCCGUCAAAAGCAAAUCGUCAUCCAAGAGUUACGUGAGUCGGCGGCGAGGAUCCGAUAACAGUCCACUGGCCCAGCUUUACCCGACAUGACACUGUCCAAUGUUUCUAGUCUGUUAGAGCACCAUUGGAAAACGUGUAUUUUAAACACAACCAAAAUAUUACAAAAAUUACAGCCAUGCAAAUCAAUAGCCUACUAUUUUUUAUUAUUAUUCGUUAUUCAUAGGUUUAGUUAGCCCUGGCCUCACCAUUAAUGCUAGAAUCGUUGUUGCAAGAGAAAACAAAACUAAAGAAAAUUGACAAAAACAUCGUCGUCAUAAACAAACACGCAUUUUGAUGAAAACAACAAUGAAUUAUUCAACGCUCGCUGCGUUAUCGAAUUAGUA